AUGGUGCCUCCAGGGAAAAAGCCAGCCGGGGAAACUUCCAAUUCCAAUAAAAAGUGUAAGCGCUAUUUCAAUGAGCACUGGAAGGAAGAAUUUACCUGGCUGGAGUUUGACUAUGAGCGGAAACUCAUGUUUUGCAUAGAGUGUCGGCAGGCGCUGGUGAAGAACAAGCACGGUAAAGCCGAGAACGCCUUUACCGUGGGCACGGACAACUUCCAGCGCCAUGCCCUGCUGCGGCACGUCACCUCGGGCGCGCACCGCCAGGCGCUGGCGGUGAACCGCGAGCAGUCGGCCUUCGAGACGCGCCUCCACGGCCGCCCGCAGCUGCACCCGCUCAUCAAGGUGGAGGUGAACCCGGCGAAGGUGGCCGUCCUCACCACCGUCUACUGGAUGGCGAAGGAGCAGGUCCCGGACGAGAGCUUUGAGCUGCCGGCCGGGGAGGCCUGCGUGGCCGCGGGCAAGGUGGGUGAGGUGGUACGCUCCUUCGGCAUCCCCGCCAUGAAGAUCACCUGGCUGAGUGCCAGCAGCAGCCUGGGCGCCGCGCUGACCUCCCUCUGCCCACUGCUGAUGGAGAUGCACUGCUUGUCCCACGGCAGCGCCCCGCUGCCACCUGGGAGCCUCGGCGGUGUCGAGUACCUCCAGGAGUACGAGACCACCGUGGACGCCAUCUACAGGCUCUACUCCAGUGGCAGGGGGGAAAGCGAGGGCCUGCGGGAGCUGCGGUGUGUCCUGGAUCUCUGCAAGAUCGACCUUGGCAGCCCCAGAGCCAUCCACUGGACUUCGAUCUUCCCAGCCGUGGAAGCCAUCGAUUCCUCAUGGCCCACGCUGGUGCUGCUGCUGGAGAGCGAGGCGGCACGGUCGCCUGUGGCCCAUGGCCUCUGCAAAGAGCUCAAGACGUUCCAGUUCGUGGCCUUUACCAAGAUCCUCCUGGACGUCCUCCCCAUCUUCCAGAAACUCAGCCGCUUCUUCCAGAUCGAGGACUUCGACCUCUCCAUCCUGAAGCCCAUCGUCUCCGCCACCGCCACCAGCCUGCAGACCCAGAAGAGCGCCAGCGGCCAGAACCUCCAGGAGUUCCUCGCGGAGAUGAAGGAGCACCCACGGGGCCGGGAGGGCGAGGGCCAUCUCUACUACAAGGGCGUGGAGUUGGCCAACUGCUCCGAGGCGCACCUGAAGCACUUUGAGCGCCUGAAGGACAGCUACCUGGAGAGCGUGCAGGGCAGCCUGCUGGACAGGUUCCCCAGCAGCGCCCUGGAGGCCGUCAGCUCCUUCUCGGCCAUCUUCAACCCCAAGUGCUACCCCCAGUCUCUGGAGGACAUCGGCAGCUACGGGGUCGGCGAGCUGAACUUCCUCCUGCAGGCCUAUUCCCGUGUGGUGGUGAGCGAGCGGGCCCUGAGCGAUUUUCCCCUCUUCAAGCGCAUCGUCUUCAGCCUCGGCCAGCUCUCCUUCAAGGACCUGUGUGCCAAGCUGGUCUGCAGCCCCUCCGAGAUGCACGAGCUCUUCCCGGACUUUGCCAUCCUGGCGGCCAUCGCCCUGGCCUUGCCGCUGGGCUCGGUCCUCGCUGAGAAGAUCAGCCGGGGCCGGGAGCUGCUGAGGCAUGGCCGGUCGCGCCGUGCCAAGGACGAGGGCCUGUCUGACCUGAUGAAGAUCGCCAUCGACGGGCCGGCCGUUAGCGAGUUUGACUUUGCCUUGGCCAUCGAGCACUAUGAGAGCAUGAGGGAGUCCAGUUUCCUCGGGGUGCAGGUGACGUGA